UGUGCAACAAUGGGCGAAGAACCACUUUUUCUUAUUCAUAAUGUUCCCUUCCAACACUCACCACUAAUUCAUCACCUCAAUCCUUCUUUUCUUCUUCUUCUUCUUCUUCUUCUUCACUCGCCUUUGGGUUGAGGUUGGCUCUGUAACAGUCAUCCAUGGCGAUGCACAUCCACAUUAGAGCUUCCUCCAUUCCUAGACAUCACCACCCAACUCCUUCGCUUCCUUCUCCCUCUCACAGAUCCGAUUCCAAGUCCCAAUUCCGUCCCAUCUCCGUUUCUUUACCGGCUUCCACUACUCUCUCUCUCUUAGCUCUUUUUUCUUCUCCCUACGAAGCUAAGGCUCUCAACAAAGACCAAAUCGUCUCAUCUCUUAAUGAAGUGGAGAAGACGUUUGAUCAGGUUCAAGAAAUGGGGUCGAAUUUCUUCGAUAUUGCACAACAGGCUAUUGAGUCUGCUAAAACUGUUUUGAAGCCGGGUGUUGAUGCGGCGCUGCCGAUUGUGAAGCAAGCUGGAGAAGAGGCUUUGAAGGUUGCUUCUCCAACUAUUUCUGAGGCUUCAAAGAAAGCCCUUGAAGCACUUCAGGACUCUGGCAUUGACACCGAACCUGUUCUUAGUGCUGCCAAGACAGUAGUAGGGGCAGCACAACAAACUGGUAAGGUCAUUGAAGGUGCCAAGCCUAUAGCGUCGUCGACUGUCGAGACGAUCUCCACAACCGAUCCUCUUGUAAUUGCAGAAAUUGCUGGAGUCUUAGCCUUGGCUUACCUGCUCUUUCCUCCAAUUUGGUCUGCUAUCUCUUUCAACUUUCGUGGCUACAAAGGUGAACUCUCUCCUGCUCAAACACUCGAUCUAAUUUCAUCGAGCAAUUACUUUCUAAUCGAUAUUCGAUCAGAGAAGGACAAGGAUAAGUCUGGCAUUCCCCGCCUUCCUUCAAGUGCAAAGAACCAAGCGAUUGCCAUCCCUUCCGAAGAUUUACCAAACAAGUUGCGAGGCAUUGUCCGAAACGUAAAGAAACUGGAAGCUGAACUUUCAGCCAUCAAGAUUUCAUACCUCAAGAAACUUAACAAAGGCUCCAAUAUAGUGAUCUUGGGCUCGUACUCAGACUCAGCAAAAGCAGUUGCAAAAGCACUAACAAGCCUUGGCUUCAAGAACUCCUGGAUUGUAACUGAUGGCUUUUUAGGUAGCAAAGGUUGGUUACAGAGUCGAUUAGGAACAGAUACAUACAAGUUCUCAUUCGCAGAGAUCCUUUCGCCAUCCCGAGUCAUCUCAUCUGGAACCAAACGUUUCGGGACGACUUCAUUGACAUCUACAUCUAGUCAAAAAUUGCUUCCUGGUGCUGAUUAAAAUUUUCGCCAAUCAUCACACAGUUUCCCUUCCCACGUUACCAUAGGUAUCUGUAAAUUAUCAUCUGUAAUUCUUGAUUUGAUUUUGUCUUCGUAUCUUGCCUUAGUUACUGCUUCCGGGUUAUAUAUUUGAUGAAAAAGGUAGAAAUAGCAUCAGAUUAAUAUCCA